AAGAAAACAUCACCAACAGAUAUUAUGUGAGAUUCUCUAACACGUUAAGUUAGUUAUUUCCUCAGCACGAUGUCGGCGUGCCUCCUCCGUCGCACCCUAUGUAUAUAGUGAGCAUCAUGUGGUUUGUAACGUGCCCUUUUUCCUAAGUGAGCGGUAAAUUUUGCUCCUGUGUUGCUGCUUGUUUUGUGUCAGCAAGAGGAAAAAGCUUUCGGACCAGGUAUAAAAAGUCGGAUACUGAUUUUGUGCGACCAUGGGAUUGUUACAGCAAUGUGCAGAGCUUUUCAACACAUCCAACCUUUACGAGGUGCUCUGCGUGGCGAAGGAGGCGUCAGACGCAGAGAUACGACGGGGUUAUUAUAAACUCUCUCUGAAUGUUCACCCAGACAGAGCACCUGGAGAUCAGGAAGCCACCGUCAAGUUUCAGGUACUAGGAAAAGUCUACGCUGUAUUGAGCAACAAGGACCAAAGAGCUGUGUAUGAUGAACAAGGUGUAGUAGAUGAAGAAUUUGAUUCACUCAACCAAGACCGCAACUGGGAGGAACACUGGAGAAGGCUGUUUCCAAAGUUGACCUUGCAGGAAAUACUUGACUUUGAGAAGCAGUAUAAAGACUCUGAGGAAGAGAAACAGGACCUAUUGAGGCUCUACCUGCUGCACGAGGGAGACAUGGACCACAUCAUGGACUCAGCACUGUGCAGAAGUCACGAAGACGAGCCUCGUGUGCGUGAAAUCCUGCAACAAGCCGUAGACGCUAAAGACGUGCCAGCCUACGGAGCCUUUACUCAAGAAAGCAUCAAGAAAAAGAGAACCCGCAGGAGGAAGGCUGAGAAGGAGCAGCAAGAGGCAGAGGAGCUUCAAAAAGAGCUGGGGCUGAGUACAGAGGAUAGUCUAGUGGCCAUGAUCCAGCAGCAAAGAAAGUCCAAAGAAAAAGAUUUUAACUCGUUUAUGGCAGAUUUGGAGGCCAAAUACUGCAAAAAGUCAUCCAGGGGGAAAAAGGCAAAGAAAAACUGAAACGUUUAAUAUCGCAACCAAGACACAGUCGAGGCUCCAGCUGAGGGAAGAUUUUCCACUUUACUGCCUUCUAAACUUUGGGCUCUACUUGAUGCUUACAAUAUUCUGUCCACAGUUUCAUGACUGGAACUGUUCUCCCAGCAAACCUUCUGAAUAAAGCAGUCACUGUUAUCUAGCUAUGAACUGCAAUAUUUGUUACUUGGCAACAGUACCUGUUUUUGACAUAAAUAAUAUUCCUGGUGUCUCUCUAAUUGUUCUGUUUGGUUAUUUAUGCUCUUUAAUCAUUUAAUAAACAAGUCAUAGUUA